CGGCGAGCCCGGCGCACAAAGGCGCCCAGCCCCUCGGGCGGGUGAUGAGCGCACCGCAGCCCAGGCGCGGGCACCAGCUCCAGCCACCGCUCCUUGCACCUAGGGCGCUGGAGAAGACGCAAGGCGCGCCAGGGGCUAGUGGCUGAGACGCGGCCCGUGAACCCUGAGCUCGGGACUCGCCGCCCUCCGGGUCGGGCGCGGAGCUUCCGAGCCGCUAAAGCGCGGGCCUCAGCUCGUUCCUGGGAUCCGAGUAGGAAGACGCUUCCCCACUUUCACCCGACCUCCAGCGCCCAAACGCCAACUUCUCUAAGAACGCUCAACUCCAGGCCACCCUGCCGGGCAGAGGGGGCGCUGCUGCUGGGCACCAGCGGUGAGGAAGCGCCCCUGGCCCCGGGGAGCGAGCCAGCAUCUUCGGGGUCGCUCGGGCGCCCCUGAGUGGGCGGCGGCGGCAGACGCCUCUCCGGGGAGUCAAGGACCUGCCAGCGCCGGAGAUUCCUCACAGGCAGGCAGGCGCUCGCCCUCUCUUUUAUGGAGCUUGGGCCCCUGCCCCAGCCCAGUAGAGGCUGUGGAGGUGCACCAUCUGGAAGCCUGGUUCCUAGGCUCCUGGUCCAUCCGUGGCUGCGGGGAGUGGCAGCUCCCACAAGGUAGCGGUGGCCUGCAGCGGUGGCCCCCUCCAGGCAGUGAAGCAUGGGCCAGAAGCUCUCCGGGAGCCUCAAGUCGGUGGAGGUUCGAGAGCCGGCGCUGCGUCCGGCCAAACGGGAGCUGCGGGGAGCAGAGCUAGGGCGGCCGGCACGGCUGGACCAGCUGCUGGACAUGCCGGAGGCCGGGCUGGCUGUGCAGCUACGGCACGCGUGGAACCCCGAGGACCGCUCGCUCAAUGUCUUCGUCAAGGAUGAUGACCGCCUCACCUUCCACCGGCACCCGGUGGCCCAGAGCACUGACGGUAUCCGCGGCAAGGUGGGCCAUGCCCGCGGCCUGCACGCCUGGCAGAUCCACUGGCCAGCUCGGCAGCGGGGCACUCACGCCGUAGUGGGUGUGGCCACAGCUCGGGCACCCCUGCACUCAGUGGGCUACACAGCGCUAGUGGGCAGUGACGCCGAGUCGUGGGGCUGGGACCUGGGUCGCAGUCGCCUCUAUCACGACGGCAAGAACCGGCCCGGAGUGGCCUACCCGGCAUUCUUGGGGCCCGAGGAGGCCUUCGCGCUCCCGGACUCACUGCUCGUGGUGCUGGACAUGGACGAGGGUACACUCAGCUUCGUCGUGGACGGCCAGUACCUGGGCGUGGCAUUCCGUGGUCUCAAGGGCAAGAAGCUGUACCCAGUAGUGAGCGCUGUGUGGGGCCACUGCGAAGUCACCAUGCGCUACAUCAACGGCCUUGACCCCGAGCCCCUGCCAUUGAUGGACCUGUGUCGGAGAUCCAUCCGCUUGGCCCUGGGCCGCCAGCGCCUACAGGACAUCAGCUCCCUACCCCUGCCUCAGUCUCUCAAAAACUAUCUGCAGUACCAGUGAGCCCAGCUGGGGGGCGCUGAGGGGCGGCAGUGGGCACCCCAGCUGGCUCUGCCUUUCAUUUCACUGUCACACAGUACAUUCAAGAAGGGGUCUUCCUCCUGGCCCCGGACCCCCAGAACUUCCACUUCUUCGAAAGGCCAGGACGUGUUCCCAGCUUUAAAAAUGAAUGUCUGUUGCCAACAAUAUAUGCUGCCUUAGAAGCAGCAAUCCUGUCAGAAAUCUCCUUGGAAGCUACGAAGAACCUGGAGCCUGUGCCCGGAGGAGGUCCUGCCAGCCGACCAGGACACAGCAGCCACCGGUAUUGAUUAGAGAGCUGUUUCCAUAUUCGAGAGAAUGAAUAAAACAUUGCAGCAGGAGACUUUCUAUUGUGUGCCCGGUGCAGACAGGGCCAGGGGACAAUUGGCCAGCUCUGGGAGAAUAUUGCCUCUGAAUAAUGAAUGAUGAAAGCAGCUUGAUGCGCUGUCCUUCUGGACCCCCUCCCCUUGCCAGGGCAGUGGGAUUGUCGUGACACUUUAGGACUUUGUGCCCCAUCGAAAGACUAUUAUACACCCAGGGAUGCCCGUGGACGAUAGAAAUGGCAAGUGGAUGGAGCGGCGUGUAGACACCUUCCAGCUUACCUAGCUUACCUCUUUGAAAGACGUUUACUUAACCCCUGUCACAUGCCUUCCUUCCCGAUGGCUGACCCACGUUCCUCUCUUUGCCCCAGGCACCUCUAUUCAGGGAAGCUGAGUCUGACAAAUUCAUCCCAGGGACAGAGUGUUUCCUUUAUUAUUAUUUUUAAAUAGCGUUGCAUUUUAAAAGGGAAGGGUUGUGAGUGAGGGCAGUACUUAGUCCAAAGGUGCUAAUGGGGAGAUUAGGGGCAUCGUGACACCCAAAUGGAUGAUGUCCUUGGCCUGGGGAGCCUUCCUGGGAUGCCUAGAGUCUCUAGGCAACCGUCCACUCAGGAUGCAGUCUGGUUUCCACAAAGAUUUGUUUGAGCGAAUUAUUUUUUCACUUUAGGGGACUUGCGAGUUUGUUUCUGUUUCAAAUGUGUGUGUGAUGUGCUGUUUAUUUAUCAGCUCGGGGCCCACGGGGGCAGUUUGUAACUGGAGGGGUGGAUGUGGGAGGCAUCUUCUCCACCCCCUCCGAGCCUGGUCCUCUUCCAGGAACCGAGCUGCUGCUGCUGCUGCUGCUGCUGCCACCGCCUCCGUUGGGCAUCUGUCAUGUGUUUCCGACGCUCUCUGCCCAGAUUCGUUUUUAACUGGAAAUUGUCACAGCAGUGGAAUCCCAGAGCCCCAGACGGCACUGCCUCCCCCCUACUUUAAUGUGAACUUGACUGAUGAAUGAGGAGUGUUUCUAAUAAAGUGUGUCAUUCAGGCCUUCA